AUGGCUUCCCAUGUUCAAGUUCAAUCAACAACAACAGAAGUCGAAGAAGAAGGAGGAAGAUGGUCUCAACUCCCACUCAAUUUAAUGGAGACAUUACUCAAGUGCUUGAGCAUUUCUGAUCGCAUUUGUGUCACUGCAGUUUGCAAGCCUUGGCAGUCGGUCACUUGCACUCUAGGCUUCCUCGAGGCUGCCCGUCCUCCGUGGUUAUUUGCCUCCACUUUCUAUAACUGGCCCUGGAGCUUGAAGACUGUCGUUGGUGAACCAGUCUCAGACGUCAAAGUCUUGGAUAAUCUCCAAAACAAGUGGUUAUGCGGAUCAUCCAAAGGUUGGCUCCUAAUAUCAUGGAGGAAACAUAAUCAUGAUUGUCUACAUAUUUGCCUCCUGAAUCCGAUCACCGGAGCUAAGGUUGAGUUGUUCACAUGUUUCGCCAACAUCGCCAAUGGCAUCCUAUCGGCGUCUCCACUAACAAAGGACUACAUGUUUGCAGCUACAGGCUACACAAAAUAUCACAGAAGGAAAGUUGCAAUCGUAAGGACGACAAUGGGCGACUAUCGGAGCUUGGAAGCUUUGAACCCAAUGAAUAUUUAUUUCCAUGGUGGAAGGUUGUAUGUCCUGACACAAUCAUGGGAAGUCAUAGUUUACGAAUUCGAUCCUGACCCAGUGAUGUCGUCGACCAUCCGUGUUCCUUUGCGAAAAGAGCAUGAUUGUUGGUACGAUGGUCAGUUGGCAGAGUUGAAUGACGAUAUUUUGAUCAUAGCCUACGGCUUACAUCUGUGCCAAGAGUUCGAUGUAAAGGUCUUCAAACUCCCGGAAAUGGCAGACGAUCCUGUGGUGCAGGUGAAUAGCUUGGGCGGUGGCACGUUGCUCAUCAGCCAAUUCUCCGAGGCGGUGUCGACAAAAGGAUCAGCAGCUUUUAGAGAGGAUUGCAUCUACGGCUUUUCAAAGUGUUCUCGGGAAACCAUGAUGGCUUACUCCAUGAAGGAUGAAGGUAUGUUUGAGCUUGCAGGGAUAGGUUUAAGACACCAAACGUUAGCGUGGUUCACCCCUGACUUGUCGAAGAAGGAGACAAGCAACAUGGAGACUCCUGCUAUGAACCUCGAGGCAUGA